CCACUGUCCACCGACGCCGCUCGACGCCGGCGCCGUUACGCACACGUGUCCUUCGAUCGCCGUGAAAGUCAGCUGGUGCAGCGUCCACAAAAAUAAUAGCAAUUGUCUUUCAUUAAGCAACUAAGUCUGAAAACUAUUCGCAAUAGUGUGCGUCUGGUAAGCAUUUUUAACUGUGCUGAUGUUUGACAUGUGAUUUGUAUUGUGCUAACCGAAGACUUCUAUUUUUGCAGUUAGGUAAUGGUGUGCUGGGUUCAGGUAAAUUUAGGUUAGUGCAGUUGGUUGAACUUUGGCGCGAUGUCAAUUUUAUUUUCAAAAAUCUACUAUAUGUUGAGGUAGAUUAUGCAUGGGCUAUUACAGCGUUGUAUCGCUGAAAAUGAUACCCUACGUAUUUUAUUGCAAUAUGUAAUCUCAUGUAUGACGAUGUUUUGUUAGCUUGAUUGAAAAUAAAACUGUGAAGUGAUAGUUAUCAAAGACGGUCAAUAAUGCAUUGUAGUGUAAUUGUAGAAGCAAGGAUGAAACGUUACUCAUCAUCAUAAUCAUAAUGUUGAAUAGUGCCAAGUGAAGGCCAGCUCACGGGCAAAUAAUAAAAAGGUAUCCGAAUGAUAUAAUAGUCGAAAAAUGGACAGUUUUCUGCGAGUCAAUCAACAAACCCUACCAGCAUCUCCAACCAACUCUUUAAUACCUGAUGAUGUAGCUUCGAUAUGUCCUCUGAUUACCCCUUCUCCACCGACAAAUGCUUUGGUCAAUCCUGAGCCAGAGCCUAACGAGCCGAGCUUUACGAUUGGAGAAGAAUUAGCUGCUAAGCUCAAAGAAGUCCGAGAUCACGAUAAAGCAGAUUCUGCCUCUUCCAGUUCAUCAGCAUUGGCCGAGCCAGCAUGCACGCAGUUGCUGAAUCACAGGAACAACUACCACCAUAUUACAAAAACAGAAGAAACAGAAUUACAGGAAGCUAAUGGAAAAACACAGCCUCUACAGCUGACAUUCCGGAAUCCGCCAGACAACUAUUUCUUCAUGUCAUGGAACUGGCCACUAAUCCGCAAGAUCUCUAUGUGGACUCUUCUAGCCGGACUUGCCGCCAUGGUCGCUCUAGUUAUUGCCAUGAUCUCCGCAUUACCAAAAACUUGCAAUCCACCGACGCAGUGGUACCAAGGAAAUCUUUUCUACGAAAUAUUUCCAGCUAGCUUCUACAGCGGUUCUCAGCAGAUGGAAGGGGACUUAAGAGGUAUUUCCACCAAGGCUGAUUAUCUAGUCAAACUUGGAGUUAGAGCUGUGAGAUUGAACUCCAUUUUCAAUUCUCCAAAUUAUCCAAAGGACUUCGAUAAUGUCACAAGCUUGACAGAAAUCGCUAAAAGCUUGGGAGAUUUAGAAGAUUUCAAAAAUAUGGCGACUCAUCUGAGAUCAAAGAAUAUAUCCGUUGUUUUGGAUUUACCUGUAUAUCCUUACGUGAAGCGACUAUCAAAUAAGAGGAUAAAAGAACUGAAGAAUGAAAGUGAUACUGGCCCACAUGAGUUCUUGCGGACUCCAAGAGAAGAUGAUUUGGACGCUAUAGAAGAUGCUAUACUACACUGGACCACAAAUGGUGCAGACGGUUUCUAUUUAAAAGGAUUGGAAUAUAUGAUGAAUGAUCCAAACUUAGCCAGCUCUUUGAGGAGGUGGAAGAAAAUUCUGGGGCAAGAUAGAAUAUUAAUGAUAAAUGAAGCACUUUUCAGAAACUGCCCACAGCCUAUAAUGAACAUAUUACUGAACAACGUAGAUUUAAUAGACAUCAACAUAGACCUAUCGAAAGGUGCAACUUCUGUAAGUAAACAAAUAUUCAAUUUACAAAAUGGAACAUUAUUUUCUAAGCCUGGCAUGCCUUGGAUUCAUUGGUCCAUUGGUAACGUUUACUCCAGACGGCUUGCAAACAUUCUACCUUACGCCAAUGGAACGUUAGGUGCUACUCUACUUGAACUCAUGCUACCUGGGACACCAUCUAUUUUCUAUGGCGAUGAAAUAGGCUUACAAGAAAUUUCAGAUACUGAAGGAGAGAGGCAAGAUAUAAAACAUCUGCACCAGUUGACUAUGAUGCCCUGGCCAAACCACAGGCUGAACGUACUUCCGUGGAUCUACGGUGGUGCUGUUACCAGCUAUAAUUUCGAACAAACUGAUGCCAUUUCCAAAAUGAUGGCUUUAAGAAUGGAGUCACCUUCGAUAUAUAUGAACGCUGUGUAUAAAGAAGGCAUUAAUAAAGCCAAUGUCGAAGUUAAGUAUGCACAGAAUGAGUUCCUAGUGCUACAAAGGUGGUACCCACGAAGAAAGGCCUAUGUAGUGGCAUGCAAUUUGGGAUCAGAGAGGUUAUCCACUGAUUUAUCAACCUUACUGUAUGCUGGAGAAGUUGUUGUAGGACCAAGGGCUAAUUCAAAACCAGGAACCAUAUCUUUCAAGGAGAUAUCUCUGUGGCCAGGAGAGUCGGUUGUCAUUGUACUUAAUUAACUCAACAUUGUUUUUACUACAAAUAUAUAAAUGUCAGAUGUUAUUGAUGAAGGAUCUUCUCUUAAUUCCGUCAACCAUAAAACAAGUUGGGAUUAAACAUGUAUAAAAUGGAUGAUGGCGUCAAGUAGGUUGAGUCUGCACUCCACACGCAACGUUGUCAUCUCUGCAUAAACGAUUGUUUUGCUCAAAACUAGCCCCAAACAUAUACGUUACAACAACAAAAUUAAAUGGAUGAAGUCAGCUAAACAGGCCCCACCCAUUUGAUAACGCUAACGCUAGUUUUUGCAUGCGCGAGUAUCGACCAUCUGACUCGAGAGAACUCGAGAUGCAGCCAGAGUCAAUCAGAUGCAUAUACGCAGACAGUGCUCAGCGUAUGAAGAUUGCGUAGCGGACGACUGCGAAGGCGUGUCGGGUGUACAAAUAUUUCUCUGUGUGCAAAUCUAUCAUAUGUGAAAUAUGUACUGAUAGGUGCGUAAAAUUAAUGUGGUUCGAAGUGGUUAAAUAUACCUACUGCUGCCAAAAACUGAUAUAUACCCUCUCCCAACGCAUACAAAAAAUUUUCUGAAAAUGAUCAGGAGCCUCUAAAACAUCAAAAAACGAAGUUUGCCCGGUUUUUAUUUUUUUCGUGUAUUUGCCCCUAUCUCCGCCACCACUGGAUCGAAUUUCGCUUUGCAGCCUUGGCGUAGUAGUAACACUGUAAAAAUUUAAUCGAAAUGCAAACGGUACAUCUGAAGUUAUAGGCGGUUAUAAGAUUUGUGGGCAGACCGACGAAAAUUAGUAACAUCGUUUUUCCUGAUGUACAUGUCAUAUAUCGCCCGAAAACAUAUCUAAUUUUCAAAAAUUUCUGUGACAACAAUAUUUGCCCGCCAGUUGGCGUGGGAAGUAAGAAAGAAACGACGACUUUCAAAAAUUGCACUACUUUGCAUAUAAUUUGCAUUACAAAUGUCUAGCAUAUCAAUAAUUUCGACCACUCUGUCACAUAACUGCUCAAUUUUGGGUAAGCUACGAAAAACUCUUCGAAUUGUUUGCCAGGGGCGAAUGAGGGUUUUUAAAAAAUAACUUUUAUUUCCCGCUGAUGAAUCUAACUACCACUACAAUAGUUGAUAGCUAUCUGAUUGCCAAACAAAAAGCACAACGGUUUUUAUAAAAUCGUAUAAUAGGAAUACGCACAUAAGCUAAUUCUUAAGAAGCAUGGAGGACGUAUCAGGUUGCAUGUAUGAGAUAAUUCUAAGUUUUCUAACAACGGUAAUAGAAAGGAUACAAGAUAACGCCAAGAUGAUGCAAUGUAAUAAUUACAUUGUAUAGAGUAAGCCAAAGUACAUAGCUCUUCCCCCCCUUAGAUCAAAGCGUCCUCGUUUCGGCUUCUUUUAGUCUCAGAAAAAAUUAUUUUAUUACAGGAGGAUCAGAACCCUUUCCAAUGAACAAGUCUUUUAGACAACAUUUGUAUAUAAGAUAAGUUACUCCAAUAACAAUAAUUAAGCCAAAUGUGGAGAAUCCGCUAAUUAUUCCAGUUUGAUAAAAAUUUAGAUUUUGAUAAGGAAUUGGUUUCAUUUGUUUGAGAGUAAUUUUCAAUUCUUCCAAAUUUAGAAAAUGAUAGUUGCUCAAUUCAACUGUAGUAUUGGCUGUCAUAUUUAGUUCAGGUUAGCAACUAGAAUUUUCAUUAAUUGUAAAAUUGAUAUUAGAUAGAUAAAAUAUGUCUUCAUCAGUUAAUAUCACAUAUGCUAUUCAAUACAUGGGGUUAAUUUUCUUGACGUUCUCUUCACCUUUCUCUACUACGGUUCGAAAUGAUUUUGAAUCAAAAAUUAGAUCAUUUUGGCUCCACAAUUUUUUAUAAAGGAAAUAGUCGUUUUUGACCUCAUGAAAUACGCAAUGCAUGUGAAAGCAAACGUGAAACUUUUCAGUUUUCUUACAGGGUGUGUCAGUCCAAGCUUCUUUUACAUCAUUACUUAAAUAAAAUGUAAUAGGUGGUUCUAAUAUAAUAUUUUCAUUAUUUGGCAAUGGAUGUACAUAAUACAGAUUGGGAGUUUACGAAGUAUUGGAAUUUUCAAGAUACAUAAGAUGUCAUCAUUGAUGUGCACAAUGCUUAGCUUACUCAGUUGUAAUAUUUCAAAUGGCCGGUUAUCUUCAACAUUUAUCAAAGCCUUUGGAGUAUAUAUUUUUGAAUGGUGAUUUUGUAUCAAUUCUAAUUCUUCACUGGAGGAGGUAUUUAAAUUUGGAAUUCCGUGCAAGGCUAAAGUUAAUGAUACUUCAAGACUUCGAAUAUGAUUAUAUAACUGAGUUGCAACGAAUAAAAUCCUUGUAAUGACCAUGUCUAUUGGUAUCUUUCUUAAAAUUCCUGAUUGCGACAUGUGUAUUUAAUAAACGCUUUUCAAUGAUACUCAUAUUAUUUUCCAAUUUUGCUGAAAUUACAUUUGAUUAUGUACUUGCUCUAUAAUCUGAGU